AUGUACAAGCUCAAUAACAACAACAACAACAAGUCCCCCAAAGCUCCUCGGACGCGGUACCUGCAGCAACCGCCUGGGUGUCUUCCAUGGCGGGCUCGGAACGCAGGUGAUGACGGCACAUGCCAUGAUUGGCUCUUCGCCGUGUACCCGAAGCGGCCGAGCUGGGCGAUGGAGCAAAAGAGGCCUGCAGUCGCCCGGCCUGCCCAGCCCUGCCCUGGGCUUCCCAGCCUCCUUCUUGGGCGAGUAAAGGGGGCGCGGCUUGCACUAGUCCGGCACCAUGACUACCAGGAAGAGGAAGAACGACGACGAGGAGCUCGUUGCCCUCCCCAGCGACGAGAGCGACGAAGAAGAAGAGUGAGUCGACGCUUUCUUGACGUCAUGCCUCUACCCACCACGUCGCAAUCCGGUGGUUUGCCUUCAUUGCCAUCGCCUCUAUGCGCAUGCGCGAAUUGGUCUUUUGGAUUUGUACCUGGACGUUGUCUGGUCGCUGCGCAUGGCUCCAAAGGCAGUCGCAGCCCUGGGGUCAGCAGCAGCCGGCUCCUUCCUCCUUCUUGCAGCAAUCAGCUCACUCCCACUCUGCCUCUACACUUGACAUUGCUAUCGUGGCACUUCUUGUCCCAUCCAUCCAAACAAUUGCCCUUGCGCGCGCAUGCGACACCUACAGCAAGACUGACACAGCCAUCCAGAUACGCAGAGUCUGAAGGCUCAAACUUUGAUUCAGCCGACUCGGACGAAGAAGAGCCACCGCCAAAGAAAAAGGCCAAGCGCACUAGCAAAGCCAAAAGCAAAGACGAGGACGAGGAUGAGAGCGAGGAGGAGGAGGCCGAGCUGAGCGCCGAAGACGACGAGGAUGUUGCUUCUGACGAGGUCGACGAUGAGGACGACGAGGACGAGGACGACAAGAAGAAAGCAAAGGACGCCAAGCCUGCUGGUGCUGAGAAGGACCGCAAAGUCAAGAAGACCGGCAAGGACGAGCCUGUACCCGUAGUUGACGAUGACGACGAAGAGUAA